AUGUCUAAAACGAAGUAUAUGUUGGCGGGCGAAACCGAGCGUGACAGGGCCCGCUUAUGCAGUACCGUGGUAAUCGACGCUGCUGCUAGUGGAAAUGAUUGGAGGGAGGAAACCGCACACCACUCAGAUAGUGCACGAGAUGGUAGCAGCUUGGGGAACUUGUUUCGCGUCCGGUCGCAAUCGGAGAUUAAUAGGCUGAACAAGCUGCUGCCUGUUUACAGCAGGCGUCAGAACAAACGUGAACGAUGGAAGCAAUUUAUGGAGCGCCGGUGCAGUGAAAAUGUUUACACCGAAACGGGAGGAGUGACGCUGCGCGGCCAUUCCAGGGCCAUUACCGAUCUGCUCUUCUCCGGUCACGGUCCGUUACUGAUGAGCGUUUCACGGGACCGAACUAUGCGGGCGUGGCACGCAUCCGACUAUAACUGCCGAGCAGUCUACCGAGGUCACAACCAUCCGCUCUGGUGCGUUGCGGAAAGUCCUACCGGCUUGUACCUAGCCACGGGGUCACGCGAUACCACGGCACGUCUUUGGUCAACGGAACGGGAAUUUUCACUGCUAACCUUCGUGGGCCAUACGCAGGACGUCGAUGCGGUUGCUUUCCAUCCGAACGGAAACUACCUGGCGACUGGGUCGACUGACUUGACCGUCCGACUUUGGUGCGUCGCCACUGGGAGGCUACUUCGGGUCUUUACCGAUUGUCGACAGCCGAUCCAAACGAUUUGCUUCAGUCCGGACGGAAAAUACCUGGCGGCCGGUGGUGAAGAAAGCCGGGUAAGAAUUUUCGAUCUAUCCGCUGGUUCUCAGUUAACUGAACUGCGUGAUCACACAUCGGCAGUGACGUGUGUUACCUGGAGCUCAAACGGGCACCAUUUAGUAUCGGCCGGUGCAGACGGUAUAGUGCGCAUUUGGGAUGCAGUUCGAAUGGUUUCAUCUUCCUCGACGUCUGGUGGCAGUGGUGCAUCGACUGGUAGUCAGCAAAAUGCAACCAAUAGUCCUAACGCUGCUACCGCUAGCAGCAGUAGCAACAGCGGCAUCAGCUCAAGUAAUUCUACGAAUCAGAAAAGUUCCAACUCCAGUGGCUCUUCGUCAUCAAGCAAUAAUCUCCUGCUGGCCUAUGCGACAGGUUGCCGCCGAAUCUACCGAGUACGCUACAAUCACCUCAACGUAAGUCUCGGUUGUAUAGGCAACAGCUAA